AAAAUUGAGAUAUCGCCAAAUUAACUUAAAAUUUCUAACACCAGUUCGAAAUAUUGUCACAUUAUGCAAAGUGGUUUCAAACUGCAAAGUGAUAUCUAAUAAUUUUAAGUUAGAAUAAUGUUGAUGAAAAAUUUUGUUUUAUUUUUUCUUUUUGUAUUUUUAUGCAAAAUAAAAUCUGAGACAGUCAACUUGAAGAUUGGCGAUGGUGAAAUACAAGGAUUAGUCAAUACCACAACAAGAGAUGGAACUACUUAUUAUAAUUUCAGAGGAAUUCCUUAUGCAAAACCUCCAUUACAGAGUUUACGCUUUACUAGCCCGGUGAAAAAUUCUGCCUGGAACGGUACCUAUGACGCUACCCAGGAUAGAUCUCAAUGUAUCCAGAACGACGGUUUAGUAAGCGAUACUAUUGUGGGAAAUGAAGAUUGUUUAUAUAUCAACGUGUAUACUCCCGAUAUCAGUACCAAAAAGUUACCAGUAUUAGUAUGGAUUUAUGGAGGAGCCUUUCUGGUGGGAAAUUCUAGUUAUAGUGUAUACGGACCUGAUUAUUUUCUAGAACAAGGAUUGGUGUUUGUGUCCUUCAACUAUCGACUGGGUAUAUUUGGUUUUCUAAGCACCGCCGAUGAAGCAUGUCCAGGCAAUUGGGGACUGAAAGAUCAAAUUCUAGCCUUGCAUUGGGUGCAAGAAAAUAUUGCUUAUUUCGGUGGAAACCCCGAAAACGUUACUAUAUUUGGUGAAAGUGCCGGAUCUGCGUCAGUACAUCUUCUGAUGCAAACAAAUCUAACUAAAGGGCUAUUCCAUGGAGCAAUCAUGAAUAGUGGCACAAGUCUAAAUCUUUGGAGCUUGAAUACAAGAGCUUCUAGAACUUCAACAAAUUUAGCCACUAGUUUGGGAAUUCCUUCCAGCAACACCACCUAUUUAGUAGAACAGUUGAGAACUAUUGACGCUAAGAGGCUGCAUAAAGUUGGAUGGAGGGUAGCUUUAAAACUCUUCUCAAAUAAUGCACUCAGAGGACUUCCCUGGGGCCCCGUAAUGGAACCAGACGUAGACGGGGCUGUUUUAAUUAACCCUAGCGAGUAUGCUUUGACUAAAGGACGCUUUAACCGGGUUCCUGUAUUGAUGGGAAUAAAUAGUCAUGAAGCGGCUGUUUUUUCGAGUAUUUCUAUUCUAUUAAGACUCUACGUGCUUAAAUACGAUAGUUUUAAGUCUUACCUGACCCCCUUCAGCAUGACGACUAAUAAAUUCAAAAGAUUUGUGGCAGGAAGAGAGAUAUAUCAUCACUUUUUCGGAAUAUUUCCCAUUGCUGCGGAUGGACCUGGCCUUGUUGAUUUUGUGUCAGCUGAUCAGUUCGACAGACCAAUAAGACAAGCUGCUACAUUAAUGUCGCACUUUACGACAGUAUAUUUCUACGUAUUUGGCUAUGAAGGAGGUACUGCAAAUGCCACUGAAAGGCAAUUUGGUGGAACUGGACAUGCUGAAGAUUUAAACUAUUUGUUCAAAAUCGGAUCAAAAAAUAGUAAUUUUACAAAAACUGAUGUGAAAGUAUCCCAAAUGCUGGUGUCGCUUUGGAGCAAUUUUGUCAAACAUGCUAAUCCAACUCCUUCUGAAGAUGAAGAAGCAGUUUUUAAUGAAGCAAUUUGGAAUCCUGUCAACGCAACCUCUUCAAAUUUCAACUACAUGUCGUUGAAUGAAUCCAUGGUGGCUGCAGUGAAUCCAAAACAAGAAGAUUGGGAGUUUUAUCAGGAUUUGUGGAAGAUGUAUGGGGACAAGAGUAAAAUGACUACUUAUUAGUUUUUUCUCUACUUUAUUUUGGAAGAUUGAAAUAAAAUGGUGACGGAUUCAA